GAAUGAACAGUGCCCAACCGAGCGGGUAUAAAAAGAGAACGCAGGUUCUUUCGUCUCCUCAUUCGUGGCCAAAGGAAAAGGUUUGCAGGAUCCAAACCUGGCUGGGAUAUCACAGCUCUGUCCUCCUUGCCUUCCUUGGCAGAGUUUUUGAGCUUACAGGUUCCUCAAGACUCCCCAACUCCUCUCCCGACCCCAAGGAAGGAAAAGAGGACUCCGAACUAUGUGGCUACUAGACAAAAUCCGUGGCUCGGUGGAUAAUGGAGGCUCCCGGGGCAAUGACUCUACAGACAAACAGUCAAAAGGUCCUCUCUACAGUAAUGUCCUGACGCCUGAUAAAAUCCCUGAUUUCUUCAUCCCUCCCAAGCUCCCAACAGUGCCCCCUGAAGCAGAAGGGGCAGAAGGAAAGACCAAAUCCAACCUGGGCACUUCGGCCUCUGAGCAGAACCUCUCGGCCCGCAAGCCCCAGCGGAGUCCCCGCUUGCCCGUAAAGGCUGUCUCAGAGAGCAAGAACCUCCUGAAGGCCGCAAGUCGGCACAUCAUUCAAAUUGAGAGUGCCGAUGAAUGGAUGUCUGAGGAGGACUUCAGCACCAACGCAGACCCUCAGUCCCAGACAGCCAUGUCGCUUCCAUAUGUGCCCAAGGCCCAGACGUCAUAUGGGUUCGCAACCCUCAUGGAGAGCCCUCAUACCCGGCGGAAGGAGUCAUUGUUUCACAGCGAGCACACCAGCCUCUGCCCCUCACAGUCUUCCUCACCAAACUCCCAACGGAGGUCCCCCUCAAUGGGGAACAAGACAAAUGGUGAGAGUGCCCACCUCAACCCUUCGGACAUCAGCAUGUCCCUCAUGAACCCCUACCGCUAUUUCAGUGGCGGGGAGAGUGACACUUGCUCAUCAGCUGAGUCUUCCCCUUUUGGUUCUCCAUUGCUCUCACGCUCCGUGUCCCUCCUCAAGAUUUUCAGCCAAGAAAGCCAGUCCAAAGUCAUCAAGUUGAAACACUCAGUGGCCCGCAACAGUUCCCUCUCCACCGAUGACAGCUCGGCCGACACCAGCCCAAGCUCACAACGGCGCAUGCGCUGCGCCACUCCUCCAACCGGAGGUGCAACAGGUGGUGGGCAACCCCAGCCUAUGCCAGUGGUGGAUUCCCAAGACCGCCUCCACAAAGAGCACAUCAUUAAUUUGAAUAAAGGUGGCAGCAUGCGGUUAGCGGCCGAGUACAACCCUUCCAAUGCUCGCCUGCGGAUCCGGGUGGUCACCGCCGAAGACCUGUAUGACAAGCACUGCGAUGCCCGGAGCAUCAACUGCUGCGUGGCCCUCUACCUGAACCCGGGCAAGGUGCAGAAGCAACGGAGCACCAUCAUCAAAAACAGCAGGAACCCCAUCUUCAAUGAAGAUUUCUUCUUUGACGGCUUGGGGGCCGGGAACGUGAAGAAGAUGUCCCUCAAAGUCAAGGUGGUGAACAAAGGCAGUAGCCUGAAACGGGACACCCUGAUGGGCGAGAAGGAACUCCCGCUGACUUCAUUGCUCCCUUUUAUAUAGACUGCCCUUCAAACUUUCUUUGUGCACGUCCGUUUCAACCUCGUCUCGCCCCUACCUAUGACCUUGGAUGGUUCCUUUCCCUGCCUUGUAAAUAGGAAGGGGUAGGAUGUUGCUGCAACAAUUUGACCAUCAAUGGCCAAAUGGUGUCCCCCCCAAACAGUUGUUGCAUGCAAAGAGAGGGAUAGGGUGGGGACCCCCCAAAUAGUAGCACCAAAUCUUUUGGUGGGACCCCCUUUUUAAGGGAGGUGGUAGCUGUCGUUGCCUGCCAGGUUCCACAUCUUGCAAAAUGUGGAGCUGAUCCUUUGGGACCUCUUCUGAGAAUAUGAUGGAAAAGAAAAUAGCUCAGAUGGAGGUUAGUCAAGCAGGUAGAAAUAAGAGUGGUCCGAGUAAGAUUGGCAAGCGUCCCUUAAAUUGGGUUUUUCCUGCGGGUGGAUGCCUGUUGCAUGAAAAUACCAAAGCGUUCAUCUCUGCUUUAGCCCCUGCUCCCAAUGAGGCAGAUUAACCGGCUAGUUAGCAAUCUCCUUUUAGAUUCAUGCUGGCUGCAUUUGAUUAUGUCCCAUCACUAGCAACUGUUGGCAUGGGGAGAGAUUUGUUCGCUUUGCAUUUUGAUGGAAACCUACUUGAUUUUGCCCCUCUUGAACCCACAGGGGGAACUGAAAUAUGGCUCUCCUUUGGUCUUCGGGCCUGAAAGGUACGAUGCUUCUUCCGAGUAUGUAUGCUAGGGAAAGGUGUUUCAAAACAGACCCAUGUGGAGGCAAAUAAUAUUCAGAAAUGCACUAUUUUGGGGAGAUGUGGGAAGGAGGGAGAUGUACCUGCAUUAGGCAAAAAUGGCAAAGCCAAAUGCACUUACUAAGAGGAAGGCACAUGAGCAUGUGCAUGCAUUUUUGUACGGAUCUUUUUAAAUAAUAAUAAUUAGAAGCUAUUUCAGAACAAGGAUGAAGGAAACCUAAAACUGGGAAAGUGCAAAGAGGAGUGAAACCCAAACUGCUUGGAAAAUAAGGCAAUGGAAAAUCAUAGAUCAAUAGCCCAACUGGCAUCUGGGACUGGAAGAGGGCAAAGGUACUGCUUCUCCCCAGUUCAAACAAACUUACAUAUAAAUGUAUUUGCUUGAGCAAUGUUACGCAAAUCCAAAUGCGCUUUUGGCAGUCAUGAAAGGUUUGCAUAUCUUCCAACAUUUCCCUGAUAAAAACCAAGGCGUGUGUGGCCAAGCAACACCAGAGUGUGGUCAAGAUGGCAAAAAGUAUUAGAGGAAGGACACACAAAUUAGAAGAGGCUGCAACAGUUUGCUUUUGCCUGAGUGAUUGGAAAGGCCAAGAUUCUGUAUCCUCCUCUCCCUUCUCCCCUACUGAGCUAACUGAAUGCAAACUCCUUUGGCACUUUGAACUCAUUUUGCAGCAACAGAAGCUAGCUGGAGACAAAGAGGGAGGAGGAGAAAGAAACCAGGACAUUUAAAAAGCAGCAGAAAAGGUGGGAUGGCAGAGGAUUGAUCAGGACUGUCCCUGGCAAAUCAAGAUAGUUGGAGGGUAUGGAUUUCCUCCUUCUUGAGAGAUCCCCUUUGUGGACUAGAGGGCCUGUGGCUGGAGAGAAGAGAUAGUUAAUAUCCUAAGGGGUGAAGGAACUAUUGGAAAGAAUAAUAGAACUGGAAGGGUUUCCACUUCCUUUAAAAGAAGUGAGGGUGCUUUUCCUUUGCUUUUCCCCCUGGAGAUUUUCAUAUGCCUUCAUCCCAUGGACUAUGAUGGUAUGAACUGUGAUGGGGUCACUCCAUAAUUUCAGGGAGUCAAAUAUUUAUUUGGUCAAAUAUUCUUCUUUUGUCCCACAUCUCCUCUAGAGAGGCAGGAGGCAUUUUUGCCAGAUUUUUGCCCCCCUCCCUGACUAUUUUUAAUUUAAUUUUAUUGAAAUUUAACAAUAGUACAAUCUCAGUAUUACAACAACUCACCCCUUUCUUUGCAAACAACCCACUCCUUCCCAUCCCUCCUCUAACUCAUAGGACAUAUUAGAAAUAUUUAGCUCUGCUAAAACUCUUAACACCUGCAAAUUCCUUUACAUUUUAUUCCUUUGGAUAUUAUUAUAAUCUUAUUUCUCUCAUUAUUAAUCUAAAAUUUAACUUGGUCUUUUGUUGGUUUAAAUUCAGCCUUGCUCUGACAAGUAUAAGCAACAAAUGACUUCCAUGUGAUACCAAUUUUUCCUCUCUCUUUUAUAUCUCCUUUUGCUAGUCUUAAUUUAUAAGUUAACUUCUCUGAUCGGCUAUAGUCCAUAUCAUGUUUAGCCAAUUCUUAAUCGAUAAAUUCUCUAUUUUUCUUCUUCACAUUUUGACAGUUUCUAACCUUGCUGUGCAUAACAUAAGCGAGAUGAGGUCUUUGUGCGAUAAAUCCUUAUUCUCCUUUUCAAAUAGAGAUAUCAUUAGCAAUGCUCCGCCGCCCUGGGACCAUUUUAGCCUCAGGAGAGGCCUUUUUUAAUAGGAAUUGGAAUGAGUUCCUAGCCACUUUCUUUGGUAAGCUUUAUUCAAGCCACGUAACAGGCAUUGUUUUCUUCCUUUCUGUCCAGAUUUCAUCUGGCCAUCUCCUUUCAGUGUGUGCUCCUCUUAAACUGCUCUGUUUAUGGGUGCAAAGAACCAGGCCUAAAGAGAUCCUUUAAAGCAAUGAUUAGAUUGCCAAAAUAAAGCUGCUUUGGGUCUCUUUGGAGGUAUACUGUUUAAA